CCCUGAUUAUCCUAGCGAUUUUUAGCCUCCUGGUAGUCAAGCUUUGAACCAAGAAAGUUUUGAACCAAGAAAAAUCUCAAUCUUCUUCGAAGAAACGUAAAAAAGGAGUAAGUACCAAUCGAGUAAAGGAAUAAAAGUACAAAAAGUUGUAUUAAAGUCCCCAUUUAUAAUUUUUAUAGUGCCGCUUUUUUGUCCCCGCGUUGGCGGUUUUUGACGAGUCAGAGUAGACCCCAGAGAAGUAUUAAGUAAUGAUUCCGAUUCCUCUAUUGAUUUGUAAAAGCGACUUUGAGCAGUCAGUUUUUGUGUUGAAGUUAGCACGAGAUUGACCCAGAUCCGGAAAGUCAAAAUGUGGCGCGUUCUCACUAAACUCCUGCCUGUGGCGUUACCUGCCGCGGCGCUUGGUCCCUGGCAGGACCCAAACUUGCCCGACCUGUGGGCCAAGAUGGUGGUAGCGUCGGAAGUUUGUCCGGGCGAUGUCGCAGCAGCAGCGCCGACCGCAGCAGCGCAGAUGGGCGAGAUACUGGGCCCCGCCAGGGUCCACGAGAACGCGUGGAGGGUAGACAACAAGCGGGAAGUGGCACAAGAAGGGGACAGGACUGCAGAGUUUUGCAACGACAUGGCGGUUGAGAUUGCAGAGACAGCCAGCACAGGAUUUUACGAAGCAUCAUUGGGCCCAAUAUUUUUGCGAGAGCUGCAAGCAGUACGCCUUGCAUGCGGGGGGCCGCGCGCCUCGCGUGCCGACGAUUACAAGGUGAGAUUGCAGGACAGGCUUGGGCUCGGCCCCGAAAUGUACGAGGAAGCCGAUACUGAAGCGGAAAGAAUCAACGCCCACUACUGGUCGCGUGACGAAAGGCAACUCGGCCUUAGCUGCGGCCGAGAAGAGCCGAGCGUGUUCCGAAGAGUCGCGGCGCUGGUCAAGUCACGUCGGUCCUCCCCCACCCGUGCCGCUCGGCCGGAACAGUCUCUUGGUACCGGUCAACAGUCUCCCAGUGUCCCUACACAGAGCUUGCCGAAACAAGUAGAACCGCAUGCACGGGUGUCUCGUGUCGCUCCGCGGAGAGUGACUGGCGUUCCACACGUUGUUGGCGGAGCACCUACAACUUCGUUGGGCCAUGGUGCGAGAUCGAGGUGGAGGUCCCGAACGCCGCGUCGCGUUGCCGGUCACCGACAGGCCUCCGGUGCCCCUUCACCGCCAUCUGCGCGUUCUACUAUUGUUCCUACUGCACCACGGGCAAGUAGUGCUGGGCCUGGGCGACCCCCUCUGUCCGAUGGUUCCGUGGUUGUCCAAGAUGUCCCCGCAGACGGAAACUGCGCUCUUCAUGCGAUCUCGUUGCAGCUCCCGGAUGUGCCAAGCGCAAGCACACUGCGCGGAGACUUGGCCACGGUGAUCCGCAAUAUGAACGACACCUCUGCGAGUCAAUUUUUCGGAGACAAGAUGGGCAUUCACACCGCCGCCGAAUUCCGAGACACGCGCAUCACAGAUAUACUAGAUCAGCGGAACGAGACUUCCUUGUACCAACGGGAAGCCAUAUGCAGACAUAUCGAUACGUACCAUCUCGAUUAUCAAACACAACGCGCGUGCAAACCUGAAGAAGACCUUCCGCAGUGGUUCGAGCAAAAUGAUUUCUUCAACUUCAUCGCCAACUACAUCGAAUUGGAGAUAAGUGACAGAUCUUUCGCGUUUCUGGACGUGUGGGAAGUUGAGAUAGUAGCUAAUUUGUUACACCGCAGAAUCCAUGUGUACGAGCUGAAAGAGCCGGGUGUGCGUCUGUACAGUGGAAGGGAGCUAGAGCGCGGGCAGCUCGAUUGUGUCGCGGAACUUAACGAGCACGGCGAUGCUGAGGCAGCUAGGGCAAAGCCGAUCGAUUUGCUCUUUGUCGGAGGCCAUUACAUGGCGCUGCGCAAUCCCAAUGAUUACCCUGCAGUGACUAGUAAUCCCUUGGUGCAGGGACAACAACCUCCAAGUCCCGCAGUGCAGCCGAGUAGACCACGUGAUAGUGCAACUACAUCACAGUCAACAAUAAGGGCACAGGAAAUAGCCGAAAAAGUUGCCCUCGACCGCCGUUUUAAAAAACAGUUCUUAGAUAUGAUCUCCGGAAAGCUUUGGAUCCGGCACGACCCCCCCAGAGGUGCAGAACAACUAUGGGGGGUAGGACGAUACUACCCGCAAGGGGACGCCACCAGAAUUUUCGAAGUAACAGAGAGGGGCGUUUACGUUUCGGGCGGACAGCGCAAACGGACACUGAAAGUGUUGGGGGAGUGGUUCACCUUCGACAACAAUGGACGCUGGCACCGCAUGAAACGUUGAUCGCUCUUGUUAAUACAAGAGUCGUAUAGAAGUAUACGUCGUUCCGCUCAAAACGGAGAAGACAAAGUGGACAAGGCGAACGAACUGGAUUGAAUGAAAUGGAUAAAAAACUUUUAUAUGAUACAGGAGGAAGGAGGCGCGUGAGAAGGCGAGACCAGAACAACACAGGCAUGUUGAUCAGUAGAGAUCAUGUAGUCACUCAUCUCCGCUGGCUUGUGGUUGUGCCUGCUACUUCGAUAGUGGUAGUAAGUACUUCCACAGCACCAGCUGCAGCAGGGGAGAAGACCUAAGAGAGCGUCACGAGUUCGUACAGGAUUUUUACAGAUAAAAACCAUAACGCAUAAAGUAGGAACAAAUUACUUACUUAAGUAGUUCUUCCACAGUUUCUUUCUAGCUCUUUAUAUUUCAAUGCGAAAUCAUGAUUCUACUGUUGGAGUACAAAUAGAGUAGUAAGUAAAACAGCCAUGAUCCUCUUGAACCUACAGGUUGAGUACAAGUAGAGUAUCAAGUAAAUAUGCGAUAGAGCAAAAACUGCAUGGCACAUGCAAAGCUGCUGAUAUUGCACAAGAGUCGGACCCCUGUCGGUGCGGGGGCACCGGCGUGAGACUAGAAAAGAGUAGACUUCUACCUGAGGGACCGCUCCGGUCGUUGAGGUAGUAGAAGUAAAACUAAAACUAAAACAGUCAUCAGACGGUAGAGACGACAAAAAAACAAAAAGAUGAAGAAGAAUACAGAGUAAAGAGCCCGAAUGUUGUUGUUGACUGAAAGCGUGCAGUAGAGAGCUAGCUGACAGCAACACCAACAGGGAAGUAUUUAUUUAGGCAUUACAUUGUUGAAAUAGAAAUUCAGUAUCACUUGGAACUUACCCCCCUACCCCAUACAAGAAGCCUGAAUUGGUUCUAUUUUUGGAACAACAGGCAUAUAAUUACAGGUGGAGAAGAACAAUACCUCUAUAGAAAUUGUUACGCACAACUCUACGAGCAGCGCCUCCACCGGUAUUAAACUCAAGCAAAAGGAUGACAUUGCCUCUGUCGUGGACCUUUUUGCGCAAAGAAUUUCGGCGCUAGGUCCUCGCGUUUUUCUGAAUCAGUACCUUGGUCCCACCAACUACGCUGUCGCUACGAAGCUGGACUCCACCCCGGCGUUGCAGUGAGCGUGGUUUACCUAGUUCUGAUUCAUCUCACAGCGGUUUUUUGUACCCGCCCAAAGACCAGCACCAGCACACGUGUAUGAUUUAGAAAGGAGGAACCCGAGUAUAGUACAAAU